UCGAAAAAUUCGGAAAACAAAAUGCAACAGUUAGAAGUAUUUUUGCCGUACGUGAUCAUGCCGCGUUAGCGUAAUACAACAACGUUGUCAUUAUGCGAAUUAAUUCUUUUUAAAAAAGAAGACGGUUUAAUAUUGAAAUUUUAAGUUUCUCGUAUUACAUAGAAGGCGUUUUAAUAAUUAGCUUCUCUGUUAACCUCGAUAGUAUUCGAAGAAAAACAUAAAUAAGAAGAAGAAGAAUUACGAAUCACGUGAUUAACCAUGGAAGCAUCAAAUUUAUCUCCCACACUUAAACAAAGAAGGAAAUUUGAACGCAUUAAAGAAACUAAUACGGACAAUCAUCAGGACACAUCAUCCGUUAAUAAUAAUAACUCCGAUCUAUGUACAAUAGGUAAAAGAGGUAUUUCUAUUAAUCAGAAAAUUCAGACAUUAAUAAACCAUUCUAAAGAGUCCAUCGACAAGUGUUUCUUGCAAGAAGAAGAAAUGGAUAUUAUCCAUAUAAACCAUACCUCCAGUGUUCGAAGAAACAAUAAUACUAUGAUAAAUAAAACUAUAUUGAAGAUGAUAUAUAUUAAUGUGCCCGUCUUAACUGUCAUUGGAUGUUUCUUACCAUUAUUCCUUUCAAUAUAUUUGGAUCACACAAACUUAAACUUCAUAUACAUAUCUGAGAUGGCUUAUUAUUUUCCUGAGAUAAGUAUUUUCUCUCAAUGUUUAAACUUGAUCGCCUUUUUUGGCUGUCACGGUAUAUAUCUAAGAAAUCGGAUAUUAGUUCAAUUUAUUCAAGAUAGAGGAGAAAAUAUAAUUAAUAAAAAUCUAAAAAAGAUAUCAAAUAUCUGUGGUGCACUUAUAGUAAUAGGUAUCAGUAUAAUUGGAAAUUUUCCGGCAUUUGGAAUCACCAAUAAAAUACACGUUAUCGGUGUAGCUUUAUAUAUAUUUGGUAUUACCUGGUAUACAUUUAUUGAGACCAAAUUUACCCACAAAAUGAUCGGUACUGUAUCCGAUAUUUACAUUUAUUACAUACGAGUUAUCAUAAACAUAAUAUUAUUAAUAUGUCUGUUUAUAUUUUUAAUACCUGGUCAAAUUGCGACACUACAAUUCAAAGGUACCGAUAAAAAAAAUUGGGGCCGAAAUGACGGUGGUUGGUUGAUGCAUGUUCUAAGUGUUAUUGCAGAAUGGUGUCACACAUUAUUUUUCAGUAUAUUCAUAUUAUCUUUUAUUUAUGAAUUACAUGCAAUACGUUUCGAGAUGCCUGUAAUUAAGAUAACUUAUUCCAACCAGAAAAAAUGAAGGAAUUAAAUUCUGAAAUUCGAUUGUUCGGUAAUAAUCGAUUGAACGAUAAUAACAAGAUUAGAUAAUGAACAUUAAAAUUAUUGCCAAUGAAUGUAAAUAUAUUUCAAUUAAAAUCGAUCAAAAUGUAUUGUCGUGUUGAUGAGAUUUAUUAUGCGAAGGGUAAAAUAACUUUUGUUCAAAUUUUUUUUAUUUCUUUAUUUUAUAUAAUU